AUGCCACUUAAAGUGAGGCCUCAAGUAGACCAUCUCAUCCACAUUUCUCAGGCAACACUUGAUGGAGCCAAAAAAGGAGAAUGUGGUCUCUUGUACGUGACUGUUGAUUGGGUCAAACAUGUCAUUGGAACAAUCUCUCAAGACCACAUUCCUCAGAUUAGCUUUGAUCUUGUCUUCGAGCAAGAGUUUGAGCUUUCUCACUCUUUGGAGCAAGGAAGUGUCCACUUUGUUGGCUACAAAACUCCCAACAUCACAGAAGAGGACUACCCUUCUGAUUCUGAAGAGGAGGAGGAGGAUGUGGAGCUUCCUGCUACUUCAACUGUCACUUCCGAUGACUCAAAACCAAUAGCUUCCAAGCCUGCUGAAGUGAAGCCUGAGUCUGAUGAGGACGAGGAUGACGAUGAGUCUGAAGAGGAGGAGGAUGAUUCUGAAGAUAAUGAUGGAUCUAAGAAAGUAGUGGAAGCUGACGAGGAUGAAGAAGAUGACUCUGAGGAUGAAGAAGAUGACUCUGAAGAGGAGACUCCUAAGCAGCCUGAGCCGAGCAACAAGAAGAGGGCGACUGCAUCUGCUUCCAAAACACCAGUUUCAGCAAAGAAGGCAAAAACUGCAGUAGCAGCCACUCCUCAGAACACUGAAGAGAAGAAGAAGGGAGGGCACACAGCUACACCACACCCAGCUAAAAAGGGUCCUAACCAGAGCCCAAAAUAUGGAGGUCAAUCAUCCGGUGGUAACAAGAAGCAAUUCAAUUCUGGCAAGCAGUUUGGUUCUAACAACAAGGGCAAGGGAAAAGGAAAGGGCAGAGCCUAAGCUGAUGCGAGAACAAUUAGUGGUUUUGGUUUUUAGUAUAUGAUAUAAUCUCUAAGGAGAUAUUGCCCUGGUAGUGGUAGCAAAGAGGAACGAGACCUCUUUUGUUUUUAUUUUCUCUCGGAAUAGUUUUUAAGUAGUUGCAAUAUUAACGUUAUGAAACUCAGUAUGAAUGAUAAAGAACUUGGUCUGUUAACUAAUACUACUAAGGGUGUUGAAAAAUAC